CUGGUACCUAGACACCUCAGGUAUCUAGGAAGGCAGUAAAGGCAAUCACGCGACAAAUGUUCUCUCCCGCUCCCGCUGCCGGGCCCUCCAUCACCACCAUACUCACUGGCAUAGUCUCCGUCAUCACGUUGGGUGGGAUCAUUCACGGUCUCUACUCUGAUCACUGGCGACGUCGCGAUUCCCAAUUCCACAAGAACCCGAAAAAGCCUUCCAGGAACGGAUCAACAACAGAUGUCUAUCAGGGAGUCUACGAUUCUGCUUCCGACACUACUACUACCAUGUCCAGCUGGCGUCCACCAGGGCCGCAAGGCAACCCUCACUCCAGUCGCAAGAAACCUUCAGGUCCCUCUUCUUCUUCCAAAGGAAAAUCAAACGCAGUCCAAAUAUCCCUUCCAGCUCAACUACAGGAGCGCGAAGCACUCUUCGACUCAUACGAGCAUUUAUCCGGAUUCGAACGCGGCGAUGUCGCUCUCACAAUGCUCCGCAAGAUCGCAUCCAUCGUCAAACCCAUCAUGCGCAAACAUACCUGGCACGUUCGCGUCCUAGCAGAAUUCCUACCGCCAGAGCAGAAUCUGCUGGGAUUGAACCUUAACAAAGGUUACAAAAUUCUCAUUCGACUGCGAUAUCAUCAUAAUCCCAACUUGUUCUUGCCCUUGGAAGAGUGCGUGGAUACGAUGCUGCACGAACUAACUCAUAAUGUGUGGGGGGAUCACGACUCGAAUUUCUACCGGCUGUGGGAGGAACUUCGUGAUGAACAUGAAGUCUUGGUCCGCAAAGGCUAUACUGGCGAAGGCUUCCUCGGAUCCGGCAAACGUCUUGGGCGCGGCGGAGGCGCAUACUGGGGGAGACAGCAACUCCCCGCGCACGAGGUCCGCCGCCUCGCUCGUGAGUCGGCGGAAAAGCGCAAGCAGCAAGGCAUGCUUGGCAUGGGGGGAUCGGGUCAGAGGCUGGGUGGCGCUCCCAUACCUCGCGGACAGGACAUCCGAUCGGUGAUUGCAGAUCAAGUCAUCCGACGCAAUAAUAAUAUGAAUCGUGGCGGUUGCGCCUCGGGACGACAUGACGCGGGACAGCUCUCGCAGCAAUCGAGUGGUCAGACGUUCAAAACGAAAGCUGAGGAAGAUGAUGCCAAUGAUAGCGCAAUUGCACAGGCCCUGUUUGAACUCAUGGAGCAAGAAGAAGAACAGAAAUUGGACGGAACUUUCCAGGCGAGUAAAGCGGAUGAGAAGGGGGGUUUGGAGUGGAGUAAGGAGAAUGGAUUGUAUGAUGCUGGCACAGCUUCAUCUUCGCGUGCUUCCGCGAAUGCUCACCUGAGUGAAGAGGACCAACUGAAGUGGGCUAUGGAGGAGAGCAUACAAGCAUCGUCGGACUCACCCAUCGACGAGCCUGUGUUGUCGAAAGUGGUGGAGACAGGAUCAAAGGUGGCAAGCUUGCCGAUAAGACCUGCGAGUUCGCGAACAACCACACCAACAACAGAGACGACAGCACGCAAACGGCCAGCAAGUGCACUCAGUCCUUCGCCAGCGAAGCCUUCGAAUUCAUCAUCGACGGCGUCUUCCCAGCAAGCGCCGUCAGCCGGCUCUGACCUCGAGCAAUGGGCUUGCGAAAUAUGUACUUGCAUCAACCCUGUGCAGUUCCUCGCAUGUGAUGCCUGCGGCGUCGAGAGGUCAUCAUCACUGAUUGCGACCGACAGUUCAAAGACCAGAGGAACACCAUCCCGAGACAAUUCGAGCAUACUACGUAAGCCGGUGCCUUCUCGAAAUCUCAAGGUCAAGCCUCGGUCUACCAUGACUGCAGAGGAGCGAUUUCCAGUCAAAGUCCCUGCUUCGCUAGGGUGGAACUGUAGCGUGUGUGGAACAUUCAUGGAAACACAAUGGUGGAUGUGUUCGGUUUGUGGGUUCGUGAAGCCCACUUCUUGAGAUUCCCGGAUUCCCGCGACUAGCAAUGGCCCUGUUCAAGCCCUUCGGAAGCGUUGCAGUCUCUUCCGAAGGCGUGGUGGUGUUCGUAGUAGUCGAUGAGCAUCAACCUACUUUCCAGCAAAAUAGACACAAUGUAGAUAGUAGAUCCUCCAUUCCAGCAUGUCUGGCAGACUUUUAACAGAAGUUGCUCCUCAUCCUGCUGAUGCAGCGGCAGGGCCACUACUAGUCGCCGCAGGUCCAGCAGUUCCAUUUGCAACUCUCGCCGCAUGUGCCAGUUUCUUUUGCUGUCUUUUACUCAUCGGCUGCUCCCCACUCUCACUCGAUGGCACCUCGCCCUCAGCCUUUCUCUUCUGUCCCUGUUGCUGAUUCUCAUCCUUCUUUUGCUGCCCACCCUGCUUCCACUUCUGUUUUCCCUUCCCAGCAGCAGCACCUGCAGCUUCCUUGGCAUCCUUCCCAAACGCAACCGCCGGUUUUUCCCCUCCAUAAAUCAC